AUGGAAACUGCAAACAAGGUUGUUUCUAUUGGGACAUUUCAGGUUCUUAAACUCCCUGUGGGGUUCAUCCGCCUGCUGGAAUGGCUUUUUGCCAUCUUUGCUUUCGCAACAUGUGGAGGCUACACUGGACAGCUGCGGGUUAGUGUGGACUGCGUCAACAAGACAGACAGCAAUCUCAGCAUCACCAUUAAAUUCGCCUACCCGUUCAGGCUGAAUCAGGUGACCUUCACGGUGCCCACAUGUGAAGGCAGACAGCAGGAGCAGCUCCACCUGGAUGGAGACUACUCUUCCUCUGCCGAGUUUUUCGUCACCAUCGCUGUCUUCGCUUUCCUCUACUCGCUGUUCGCCACCGUGGUCUACAUCUUCUAUCAGAACAAGUACAGAGAGAACAACCGCGGCCCUUUUAUCGACUUCAUUGUGACGGUGGUCUUCUCCUUCAUGUGGCUGGUGGGUUCAUCUGCCUGGGCCAAAGCUCUGUCGGACGUGAAGGUGGCGACAGAACCUGAUGAAGUGCUUCUGCUCAUGUCUGCAUGUAAAGUGCAGACCAACAAGUGCAGCUCGGUGUACGGGCCAGUCUGGUCCAGCCUCAACACUUCUGUGGUGUUCGGUUACCUGAACUUUGUCCUCUGGGCUGGAAAUAUCUGGUUUGUGUUCAAAGAGACUGGCUGGCAUAAGGGAGGAGCUGCACGAUACCCGACACCGACUCCUGAAAAACACACCACCACUUUCAACCAGCAACCCUACAACCAGGGCACCUUCGACCAAUCAGGAACCGGAGGCUUGGGCCAAUCAGAUUACAGCCAGGUUGGAUGUUACACCUCAAGUGGGCCCACGUCUUACUGA